UAGUGGCUUCUGUCUGUGGCACAAUGUUGUCUCCUUCGCUGAGGAUUACGAUAGCUUUGCUCUUCAUUACUUCAAUUCCUCAGAAGUCAGAUGGGCAGUUUCAAGAAUGGUGCAUAGCUGAUAAGCAAACCCCAGAUGAAGAAUUACAAAAGGCCCUUGAUUGGGCUUGUGGAAAAGGUGGAGCAGAUUGUAGGAAAAUACAGGUGAACAAACCUUGCUACUUUCCAAACACUGUGAAGGAACAUGCCUCUUAUGCUUUCAACAGUUACUAUCAAAAGUUCAAGAAAAGAGGAGCCACUUGCUACUUUAAUUCUGCUGCCAUGAUUACUGAUCUUGAUCCAAGUCAUGGCCCAUGUAAAUUUGAUUAACUUUCCUGAACAACACAACAAAAGAACUGAAGAUAACUACAGAUAUUUUGGGAGGAGGAUUUGAGUAAUAUUGUUUCAAGAUGUAUGAAACAAUACAGAUCUAUGCUUUGCAAUUUCAUUUAUGGUUUUGAGUAACAUUAUCUCAGUUUUAUAGUAAAAGGCAAUCGGUUCAUUUUCUUAACUUUGAAGGACAAAUCAUGAGUGUUUCUUCUUGUUAAAUUAAUAACAGUAACUUAAUGUGUUACA